AACCGAGCCAACCAACAAGUAUGAACCAGUCCUAGUUCAAAGUCCAAAAACACGGAAAUUUCCGGCCACAAAUGGCAGCCUUAUCCGGCACCGCCGCCCAGCUCAGCCUCCUCACCUUCCUCUCCCUCCUCCUCAUCCACGCGAGACUCAAUCUCGACCCUUCCGACCUCCAAGCCCUCACCACCAUCCAAAAAACCUUGGGCUUCCAAUUCCACAUCAGUCAACCAGCUCCGUGCAACACUCCCGGUGUCUUCUGCGAGCGCAGGCUCUCGGACAACAACACCUACGUCCUCCGAAUCACCCGGCUCGUCUUCAAAUCACACCGCCUCGAUGGCUUUCUGAGCCCGGCAAUAGGGCGGCUCUCCGAGCUCAAAGAGAUCUCUCUUGCUCACAACAAACUUGUUGACCAAAUCCCAUCUCAAAUCGUUGACUGCCGGAAGCUUGAGAUUCUCAACCUCGGAGACAACCAGUUUUCCGGGGAAGUUCCUGCCGCGCUGUCUAACCUCAUUCGCCUUCGAACCCUCGACCUUUCGUCCAACAAGUUGUCCGGGAAUUUGAGCUUCCUCAAGCAUUUUCCCAACCUGGAAAGCCUUUCCAUUGCUGACAAUUUCUUCUCCGGGAAAAUCCCAGCUACCAUUCGUUCCUUUCGCAAUCUUCGGUCUUUCAACUUCGCUGGAAACGAAUUCCUCGAAGGCUCGGUGCCAACGAUGAAAGGGGUCGAGAUUUCAGCAACCGAUGUGCCAAAACGUUACAUUUUGGCUGAGAAUUCAACCACAAAAAACCACAGCUCCACAGCUUCUGCUAAUGCUCAAGCUCCAUCUAACGCUCUUGCUCCGGGUCCAUCUGCAACAAAAAAGCACAAGAAGAAGAAUAACAAGAGGAAGGUAGGAGGGUGGCUGCUCGGGUUUUUAGCCGGAGCACUGGCCGGAUGUAUAUCCGGAUUCAUCUUUUCUCUGCUGUUCAAGCUGCUGUUGGCCGUGGUAAAAGGUGGCGGCAAAGAUGGCGGUCCUGCGAUUUUCAGUUCUCUGAUCAAGAGGAAAGAGGACUUGGCUUUCCUGGAAAAAGAUGAUGGCCUGGCUAAUUUGGAACUCAUAGGAAGGGGUGGAUGUGGAGAGGUUUAUAAAGCCGAGUUGCCAGGAAGCAACGGCAAAAUGAUUGCAAUAAAGAAGAUAGUUCAACCCCCAAAAGAUGCCGAUGAACUGACCGCUGACGAGGAAAGUAAGCUUAUGAACAAGAAGAUGCGUCAAAUCCGAUCGGAGAUCAACACCGUGAGCAAAAUUAGGCACCGGAAUCUUAUUCCUCUGCUAGCCCACGUGUCUCGACCGGAUUGUCAUUACCUGGUCUAUGAGUUCAUGAAGAACGGGAGCUUGCAAGACAUGUUGAAUCAAGUUUCGGCGGGAACACGGGAGUUGGAUUGGCUUACACGGCAUAAGAUUGCUCUCGGAGUGGCUUCAGGGCUUGAAUACCUUCACAUGGACAACACCCCUCACAUCAUUCACAGAGACCUCAAGCCCGCAAACGUCCUGCUGGAUGAUGAUAUGGAAGCUCGGAUUGCAGAUUUCGGGCUUGCAAAAGCAAUGCCGGACGCUCAGACUCACAUUUCAACUUCGAAUGUAGCAGGAACUGUUGGCUAUAUAGCACCAGAAUACCAUCAGACAUUCAAGUUCACAGACAGGUGUGAUAUAUACAGUUUCGGGGUGGUGUUGGGGGUUCUGGUGAUGGGAAAGCUUCCAUCCGAUGAGUUUUUCCAAAACACGAAUGAGAUGAGUCUGGUUAAGUGGAUGAGGAAUGUCAUGACUUCGGAGAACCCUAGGCAGGCAAUCGACCCGAAACUGUUGGGAAACGGAUAUGAGGAGCAAAUGCUCCUGGUUCUCAAGAUUGCUUGCUUUUGCACUCUGGAUAACCCGAAAGAGAGGCCUAACAGUAAGGACGUUAGGUGUAUGCUGUCUCAAAUCAAGCACUAAGUAUCCAACUAUAUGUUUCAUGUUUGUUUUCAACAGGAAUCCUACUAGAUUAAUUGUAUCAAAUAUGUAUUCUCAAUGAAAGUGAUGAUGUAAAAUAGCACGACGAAUAAGAAAAUAUUGUGUUCCCCUUCAAACGAUA